AUGGAGAGUUUGCAUGUGAUUCGAAUUCAACCACUGAAUGGGGAUUUCCUUUUUGCAGACGAUAUAUCGGCAAAUAAACCAACAAAACAAUCAGGUAAUCAAAUAACUGAUGUUUCUCAGAAUGCUGUAGACAGAUCUAUAUCAACAUGUUCCUCCACUGAUGUCUCCGAGACAACAUGGUGGUAUGUGGAUCUUCAAAAAGUCAAAAGUAUUUAUGACGUAGAGAUUUACUUCAGGCUUUAUGAUACCAGUCUUGAACAAAGACAGAGAGAGCGUAUGUAUGGAUACAAACUCUACAUCUCUAACAGUACAGAUUUCAGUCUUUUACAAGAGGCUUACUUGUGUUACAAUCAUACAGGGCCGGAUUUACCCGACCUUAACGUUACAGGUGUAUGUGCUACGUUUGGUCGAUAUGUAAUUUUCUACAACGAAAGGGUUCCUGGUGUGACGUAUCCUGGAAAUCAACUAUAUACAUACACACAGCUCUGUGAAGUUAUUGUACACGGUUGUGAAAGGGACGAUGCUUAUGGAAAUUUCUGUAAUGAAACAUGUCCUACAAAUUGCCAAGAGAGAAGGUGUUACAUAACUAAUGGUACUUGUUCUGGAUGUAUUGACGGCUGGAUUGGGGAAAAGUGUUUUGAUGCUUGUCCAUCUGGAUACUAUGGAGCUGAAUGCAAGGGAACAUGUUCAGACCGAUGCAGAAAUAAUUCUUGUAAUCACAUGAGUGGUCAUUGUGAUGGAUGUCGUUCAGGAUGGACGGGAUAUGACUGUAAUGAAACAUGCAUAUAUGGAACAUACGGAGAAAAUUGUAUAAAGAAUUGUUCUGGAAACUGUGCAAAGCAGAUAGAUUGCAACAAAGAAAGCGGGGAUUGCGAUGACGGAUGUGCCCCUGGUUAUAAAGGCUCUAAAUGUGAAAAAGAAUGUGAUUUUGGUACAUAUGGUCCAAAUUGUGUAAAACUGUGCAGUGGAAAUUGCCUUGAAAAUAAAACCUGUAAUAAGGUUAAUGGAGAAUGUAUAGAUGGAUGUAGAGUGGGUUAUAAGGGAUCUUUAUGUAAUGAAAUGUCAGAAUAG